CCCUCGGUCCUCCAGCGGCCCGCCAUGCACCGCGCUUCCUCUCUCGCCAUUGUGCCUCGGAGUGGAGCGCGCGCUGCCCCUCGUGACGCCCGGACGGUGUCAGCUCGAGGCAGGCGGCCCCGGCCAUAGACGCUGGCGGAAGGGGCGAGGAGCUGGCUAGAGCGUCGCUCGAGCAGGCAGCCGCAGCAGCCGCGGGCGGGCGAGUCAGAGUCCGCCAGGAAGCCGAGCCGCGCGGUGCCUGCGCCCCGCUCCCCGGACAAAGCCGCCGCCGAGACCCGCCCGCCGCCGCCCCCGCCCGCCCGCGAGAGCCCGGACCCCGCCCCCGCCGCGAGGAGCCCGAUCGGAGCCAUGUCGGCCAGCAGCCUCCUGGAGCAGAGACCUAAGGGCCAAGGCAACAAAGUGCAAAAUGGAUCUGUGCAUCAGAAGGAUGGGUUAAAUGAUGAUGACUUUGAACCCUACUUGAGUCCUCAGGCCAGGCCGAAUAAUGCAUACACUGCAAUGUCUGACUCCUACUUGCCAAGCUACUACAGUCCAUCCAUUGGAUUCUCCUACUCGUUAGGCGAAGCUGCCUGGUCUACAGGAGGUGACCCGCCCAUGCCCUACUUAACAUCCUAUGGACAGCUAAGCAAUGGGGAGCCUCACUUUCUCCCAGAUGCAAUGUUUGGGCAGCCAGGGGCCCUUGGCAGCACUCCAUUUCUUGGGCAGCAUGGCUUUAACUUCUUUCCAAGUGGAAUUGACUUUUCAGCUUGGGGGAAUAACAGUUCUCAGGGACAGUCCACUCAAAGCUCUGGAUAUAGUAGCAAUUAUGCUUAUGCACCAAGCUCACUGGGUGGAGCCAUGAUUGAUGGACAGUCUGCUUUUGCCAAUGAGACUCUGAAUAAGGCUCCUGGCAUGAAUACCAUAGACCAAGGCAUGGCAGCACUGAAGCUGGGCAGCACAGAUGUUGCAAGCAAUGUCCCAAAAGUUGUUGGCUCUGCUGUUGGUAGCGGGUCCAUUACCAGUAAUAUCGUGGCAUCUAACAGUUUGCCUCCUGCUACCAUUGCUCCUCCGAAACCGACAUCAUGGGCUGAUAUUGCUAGCAAACCUGCAAAACAGCAGCCCAAGCUGAAGACCAAGAAUGGCAUUGCAGGGUCAAGUCUUCCACCGCCUCCAAUAAAACAUAACAUGGAUAUUGGAACUUGGGAUAACAAAGGGCCGGUAGCAAAAGCGCCUUCCCAGGCUUUAGUUCAGAAUAUUGGUCAGCAGCCAACCCAGGUGUCCCCUCAGCCAGUGGGCCAACAGAUCAAUAACAGCCCACCAGUGGCACAGGCUUCCCCAGGGCAACAGCCGCAGCCACUGCCCCCACCACCACCACAGCCAGCCCAGCUACCGGUGCAGCAACAGGCAGCUCAGCCAACCCGCUGGGUUGCACCUCGUAACCGUGGCAAUGGGUUUGGUCAAAACGGAGUGGAUGGUAAUGGAGUGGGACAGUCUCAAGCCAGUUCUGGUUCUGUUCCUUUGGAACCGCACCCAGUGUUGGAGAAGUUGAGGUCCAUCAACAACUACAACCCCAAGGAUUUUGACUGGAACCCAAAACAUGGCCGGGUUUUCAUCAUUAAGAGUUACUCUGAGGACGAUAUCCACCGUUCCAUUAAAUAUAACAUCUGGUGCAGUACAGAGCACGGCAACAAGAGACUGGAUGCUGCUUAUCGCUCCAUGAACGGGAAAGGCCCCGUUUACUUACUGUUCAGUGUCAACGGCAGUGGUCACUUCUGCGGAGUGGCAGAAAUGAAAUCUGCUGUGGACUACAACACAUGUGCAGGUGUGUGGUCCCAGGACAAAUGGAAGGGACGUUUUGAUGUCAGGUGGAUUUUUGUGAAGGACGUUCCCAACAGCCAGCUGCGGCACAUCCGCCUAGAGAAUAACGAGAAUAAACCAGUGACCAACUCCAGGGACACUCAGGAAGUGCCUCUGGAAAAGGCUAAGCAGGUGUUGAAAAUCAUUGCCACCUACAAGCACACCACCUCCAUUUUUGAUGACUUCUCACACUAUGAGAAACGCCAGGAGGAGGAGGAAAAUGUUAAAAAGGUUAUCCCUUUAAGAAUGCCUGCAUUCAAGAUAUAUGGGAGUGACAGAUUUCUUUAGAGCACUGUGUAGCAUAUCUAAACAGGCAUGAACGCCAAGGCCGUGUCAAGUAAAACGCUACCCUUCCCAUAGAGACUUCAGCAGAGGUUGCAUCCGGGAUAUCUUUCAAAAAGAGAGAGAGAUGAGAAAAAAGAACACCCCAGAGAGAAUUAGGACUUCUUUUCUUAAUUUCAUUGACUUUAAAACAAAAACUUACAAACUUGCAGUUUAAAAAAAAAAAAAGUAUUGGAAUGUCACAAGAGACAUAGGACUAAAAAAAAAACAAAACAAAAAAAAAAUCCCUUCUAGGUAGAGUAUAGGUAAAAACUGUCCCCUUUCUUUUGGCUUUGGUUGUGAUUUCAGAGCAUAUGCUUUGUUUUUUGUCUUUUUACUAUGUUUUCCGGAUUUGAAAGUCCAUAAGUGGCAUAUGCCUUUUUUCUCUAAUUUUUAAACCCUGCUGCAUCCCUUUCUUCCACUUCCCUCGCGCCUCCUUUCCCCCGGUUUUGACAUUUGCACUUGGAACACCGAGUUGUGACUUUUUUUGGACAUCUGCCGCAGAAAGUGGAAGAACUGUUUUUUCCUUGGAGUGGAAGAGGAGGAAUUUUAUGAAAAAUUUGGGUUUAUUUGCCUGGAAGAAUCGAAUGGAAAUUAUUGCCAAGGUUGCAUCUAAGGGUGGUUUGUUUUCCUCUGACCCUUUGUUACUCAAAAGUCAAGUACUAGGAGUCCUAAGAAAUGUUCUGUUCUUGUGCAUUAUAUGGAUUACAGAUUAAGUCUGGAUUAAUUUGAUUUAAAGGCUGAGAACAGUGGUAAAAACUUGUUUUGUUUACAGGAACAUGAAUUUUGAACGAAAAAUAUUGUAAAAUGUGUAGUGAAUGUUUCUUCAGUUUCUUGUUAAGCCAAUGAGGAAUGGGCAUUGCCUUUCUUUUCACCAUUAAUCACUUCUCAAUAAUAAACGUGAGAUCCUGUUGAGCAUCA